AUGUCAGAUUUUGAAGAUGAAAUACCCAUGCUAGUUGAUGAUACUGGUUGUCUGAUUCCUGUGGAACCGCUAGAAGCCCCAAAGAGACUACAAGAACAGCAGCAACAACAGAGACAGCAACUGGAGGAUGUUCCCAGCAAAAAGGUACCGGUGACGAUCAUAACGGGGUACUUGGGAUCUGGAAAAAGUACGCUACUGGAGCAGAUAGCUAAAAGAGGUGACCGAAAACUGGCUGUGAUCUUGAACGAGUUCGGUGAUUCGGCGCCAAUCGAAAAGGCCCUUACCGUUAAAGACAAAAAUAACCAAGCUUACGAGGAAUGGCUAGAUCUCGGCAAUGGUUGUCUUUGUUGUUCGGUGAAGGAUAAUGGAGUGGCCGCAAUUGAGAGACUAGUUGCUAAGAAUACGGGAUUCGACCAUGUGCUAUUAGAGACUUCAGGAGUGGCAGAUCCGGCUCCAAUUGCGGCAAUGUUUUGGCUAGACGAUGGAUUAGCCAGUAAUGUGUACAUUGAUGGCAUAAUCGCCGUCUUAGAUUGUGAGAAUAUCGAUCAAUCUCUGGAUGAUCUGGGAGGUCAUUUCCACACAUCUGAGGAUAGACCCGCCAGUGCGGAAGGAAGCACGACUGCACAUGUUCAAAUUGCUGUGGCCGAUGUCUUACUUCUGAAUAAAGCUGAUAAAGUUAGCGAGGAGAAGAUUCAAGAAUUACGGCGUCGUGUGUCUGCAAUCAACGGAGUUGCUCCUAUCUACUCUACAUCGUACGGUGAUAUAUCGCUGGAUCACAUACUAGAUUUGCAUUCCUACGAAAAUAGGGGGAUUGAGUCGAUUGCAAAUAUCACCACAGGUUUCCACGAUCCGAGGAUAUCUACUGUGAGUCUUGAUUUUGGCCCCAAACUCGACUUGGCUCAAAUCAAAAAAGUCGAGUCAUUCCUUCAGGAGCUUCUGUGGGAGAACGAGGACGAGGAAAUACAUCGUAUCAAGGGUCUGCUAUUAGUCAAUGACUCAAAAGACUCUUUCAAAGUGAUCCAGGGUGUGAGAAAGACCUACGAGAUCGUGGAUGCCGACGACUAUGACUCUAGUCUGGAGUUGACCACCUCCAGACUAGUGUUGAUUGGAAAGGGUGUCGGCGACGAGAAUAUGAAGCUGAAAUUUGAAAAGUUUACAGGCAUACCCAUAUUAAAUGGAGAAUAG